AUGAGCGAGCUGAGCCGAGAGUCGGUGAUCAGCUUCUUGACCGGGCAGGGGGGCCGGGUACCGAACCAGCAGCUGGUGGAGCAUUUCCGGCCCUUGCUGACCCAGCCGCCCUCCAGUGAGGCCCGCAGUGCCGCCCGCCAGCUCUUCAAAGAUAUUGUGAAUGAGGUGGCCAGUGUGCGGGCCGAGGACGGGGUGAAGUACGUCUGUCUGAGGAAGAAGUACCGGAGAACAGCAGAGAAGGCCGGGGAGACACCGCCGUCUACUGCCGAGGGAGGUGCAGAGGAGGGGGACACAGCAGAAGCGGGCACCGGGGAGGAAAACAGACCGGGCACCGGGGAGACCACACCGGGUACCGGGGAAGAGAACAGACCAGAACCGGGCACCGGAGAAGAGAAGGAACCGGGCACCGGAGAAGAGAAGGAACCGGGCACCGGAGAAGAGAAGGAACCGGGAACCGGAGAAGAGAACAGACCAGAAGCGGGCACCGGAGAUGAGGAGCGCCCCCCGGAGCCAUGUGAGGGGGUGUACCCCGAUUCCAGUCCCGGAGAAGAGUCCCCCCAGGCCGUUCUCCCCCGGAUCUCAGUGACGGAGGAUCCAGAAGCCGGGGAAAAGACCCCGAAGAAGGCGGACUUGUGCCCGGUCAGGCGGGGUGCAGGGGGGGUCCUCCUCCGGGCCGGACUCCGCGACUCGGACAGCUCGUCUGUGCAUAGCUCGUCGUCGGUGUCCGGUAAUGAGGAGGAGGAGGGGGGCGGAUCGGUGUCUCUGGAGCCCCUGGAACACGCCUGGAUGCUGAGCUCCUGCCGGGCCCGCUGGGACGGUCUCCAGGAGCUGCUGAUGGCGGAGCCCGGCCUCGUCACCCGGCGGGACUUCAUCACCGGCUUCUCGUGCCUGCACUGGGCGGCCAAGCACGGACAGCAUGAACUCCUGGCCGCCCUUCUCACACACGCCCGCCACCACCGCCUGCCCAUCAACAUCAACGGCCGGGCCUCCGGGGGGUACACCCCGCUGCACCUGGCCGCCAUGCACGGCCACCUGGACGUCAUCAAGCUGCUGGUCGGGGCGUACGACGCCGAUGUGGAUGUCCGGGACUACAGCGGGCGGAAAGCCUGGCAGUACCUGAGCCCCGACACUGCCCGGGAUGUACAGGCUCUGAUCGGGGCCAUGCCGAGGCCCGGGGAGGACGACGAGGAGGACGGGAGCAGCUCCGGAUUGGGCCGAUGGCGGCUCUCCAAGGUCUUACCGUCCCAGCUCAUCGUACACAGGCUGGCCCAGCUCCCCGAGGAUGAGCAGGACGGAGGGGGGCGCUACCGGGCCGACAUCAGCAGGAAGGGUUCUGGGGGGAGCAGGGGGAAACCCCGACUGAACAGGAUCAGGUUCAGGACUCAGAUCAUCCAUAGCAACCUGACCGCCAGGGACCCCGAGGAGGACGAUGACCGAGCGCUCAAGAGCCCCAUCAGGCACAGACCCAAGUCCAAUGUCUUCGGAUGA